AUGAAGGAUGACACAAAAGGGAGGCGAGAAGACCUUGAAAUCCAUUUUCCGCAAUAUUUAAGCCUCUUAAACCACUGUACGUUCUCACGUAGAACAAUUGUUGUGUUCACACUGCAAUACUGCAUACGGGAAUGCUUGGUUUUUUAUACUCAACACUCGUCUCUUCCCCAGGCGCCGAAUGAACCUAAAAGGUUUGCCUUCUAUCGGCCUCCCUUGGCGAUUUCUUUGUCUUCUGGGGUCUCCCAAGGGCAGCCACCAAAGUUUUCUGGAUCAAUGAUCGUGGAUUCUUUUCUGUUUUCAAGUUACUCCGUGCUACAAUAGUGGAUGAUGAGCUAUGUAGUCUGUUCUUUUUGACGUUGUCAGGGGCAUCGCAUGAUGCUUCUUGUCGAGUAUCGAUCUGUAUCUGAUAGAUCGUCUGCUGCCUGUGUUAGCAGGCACACUGUUGUCCCUUUCUUUCUUAUGUUUUACAGUCACAUAUUUUCUUCAUGCCUCUUAUAUUUUUCUGUUGUUUCCCUAACUUUGUUCUUUUUAACUUGUAGAUGGGUUGUGAUGAAUUGUUUUAAUGCUACAAAGUGUUGUUCGAUGUGGAUUACUUAAAGAAGACUUAUAAAUGGUGGAUCCAGCAGAGCCUUCUUCAUACACGGGAGCUUCAAUUUCCUGUGAUUUCAGUUGGUUGUUAUUUCAGAUUAUUUUCCUCCAAGACUUUGGCUUCGUUUCGAUGCCUUUUAUGUUUUUCAUCCAGAAUAGUACUCAACAUCUCCCGUUAAUUGUUGAUGAUAGUGUUUUCUCCCCAUUCAUCAUUUCCCCGUAUUUUAUGUCUGCUUCGAUGUUUUUCACAUUCCAAUUUUUCCGAACUAAAUCGUUUCCUUUUCGGAUUGCAUUUUUGUAUCCUUUCAGUCCACCGCUUCUUACGUUUUAGUCAAUUUUGUACUUUGUAUCUUCCUUUCAAGGAGAGAUCUAUCAGUGUUGUAAUAUUUGGGGACUCUAUUGCUGAUACAUACAACUUGUACCGUUCGGACACAUGAAGCCUCCUUUCGUUGUUGUC